AUGUCAACUCAAUCAGGUAUUACAACAUCACAGGAAUUAUUAGAUGUAUUCAAAUCAUUGGAAUCACAACCAUUGAUUAUCAAGAUCUCAUCAGAUUCAACUCAAUUGAUUCCAGAUUCAAAUUUCACUUCCACAACUUCCCAAGAUCUUCCAGCCACUUUCCAAUCAAUUAAUGAUUAUAUAUCCAGCGAAUAUCCCCAACCGUCAUAUAUCAUUAUUCCAGAUGGUGGUAGUAAUGAAGAAUGUAUCUUUAUAAGUUUUAUUCCUGACAUUGCUCCAAUUAAACAAAAGAUGUUAUACGCCUCCACCAAAAACACAUUAUUAACAUCUCUUGGAUCCUAUAAAUUCCCCAAGAAUAAAUUAUUUGCUUGGACAGAUUUAGAUGAAUUGACAUUUGAUAAUUAUGAGAAAUCGAUUCAAGACAGUACCAAAUCAGGACCAUUAUCCCAAGAUGAAAGAUUACUUAAUCAAUUGAAUACGAUGCAAAGUUUGAGUAUAGCUGGGAGUCAGACUAGUUACCUAUCAGUACCCAAAUUCUUCCUUAAUGGAAGAUACGUAGUAUUAUUACUAUACUUGGGUGACGUUGAUCCUGAAUUGACUAAGGAGUUAGAAGGGUUGGUUUCGCUGGGUGAUAGUUUGAAAUUGAUCAUUUUUAAUAUUAAGAAUGAAGUGGUUACUUUGACAAGUAGUCAAACUGGAGUAGUGUUAGAUUCAUUGAUAACGUCUGGAUCUCCAGUUCGUGAAAGAAUGGUCUAUGCUGCUUCUAAAGUAAAUCUUACUAGUCGCAUUGACAAUAUAUUAAAGAAAGAUAACUUAUCAAUAAAUAAAAACAUUGAAAUUGGUGAUUUGGAUGAAUUAGAAUUAAGCGAAUUAGAAAUUGAAAGUGAAGUCGCAACUCCUAGUUCUGUAUCAUCUGCUACAUCCGCAACUAAGCAAGGUUUGAAAUUUAAUAAACCAAAAGGUCCUCGUCGUCGUUAA